UAGUGGAGUCACUUCACGACAGUGCACCUUGCGGUUCCCGCAUCAACGAGAUAAUAUAAGUGUCCUCACUUCGCCGUGGAUCUUUUCCAGACUAAGCAGUGAAAUGUGUGGUAUUUGGGCUUUGUUCGGCAGUGAUGAGUGCCUGUCAGUUCAAUGCACCAAUGCAUUGAAGAUUGCUCACAGAGGCCCCGACGCUUUCCGCUUUGAGAAUGUCAAAGGCUUCACCAACUGCUGCUUUGGCUUCCACUGGCUGGAUAUUACCGACCACCUGUACGGCAUGCAGCCCUUACGGAUCAAGAAGUUCCCCUUCCUGUGGCUCUGCUACAAUGGAGAGAUUUACAACCAUCGCACGCUGAAGAAGCAAUUUGAGUUUGAGUACCAGACUAAUGUGGAUGGUGAGAUCUUGCUUCACCUCUACGACCGCUUUGGCAUCCAGAAGAUGGCGUCUCUUCUGGAUGGUGUCUUUGCUUUCAUUCUGCUGGACAUUGCCAACCGAAAGGUCUUUCUGGGAAGGGAUACGUACGGUGUCCGACCUAUGUUCAAACUCCUGACUGACAACGGCUUCCUGGCGGUCUGCUCAGAGGCCAAAGGUCUAAUAGACAUCUCCCAUGAGAUGGAUACCCCAGCCACCAUCGCCCCCUUUCCCCCUGGCUACUUUGAGGUGUUUGAUUUAAAGCCCAAUGGCAAAGUGCAGUCUAUUCAGAUGGAUCAGUUUCACUGCUGCACAAAGGAGCCUGCUCAUGCCAUCUAUGACUCCGUGGAGAGACUCCAUACAAGUUUUGAUGAAGAAACGGUCAAGAGCAACAUCAGAUCCCUUUUUGAGAACGCUGUGAGGAAACGCCUCAUGGCUCACAGGAGAAUUGGGUGUCUCCUGUCAGGUGGUCUGGAUUCGAGCCUGGUCGCAGCCAUGGUAGUAAAACUGAGCAAGGAGGAAAAGCUGCAGUAUCCCAUCCAGACCUUUGCAAUCGGCUCAGAGGACAGCCCAGACAUUCUAGCUGCUCGCAAAGUUGCAGCUCACAUCGGCAGUGAACACCACGAGGUGACGUUCUCUGUCGAAGAAGGCAUCCAGGCUAUAGAAGACGUCAUCUUUCACCUGGAGACUUACGAUAUAACCACCAUACGUGCCUCUGUUGGUAUGUACCUGGUUUCAAAGUACAUCAGGGAGAAGACUGAUAGUGUGGUGAUCUUCUCUGGAGAAGGAUCUGAUGAACUCACCCAGGGAUACAUUUACUUCCACAAGGCUCCGUCUCCCAGAGCAGCUGCAGAGGACAGUGUUCGUCUCCUGAAGGAGCUCUACUUGUUUGACGUUCUCCGUGCGGACCGUACCACCGCUGCUCAUGGUCUGGAGCUCCGAGUGCCUUUCCUGGACCACAGACUCACAGCGUACUACCUGUCCCUGCCUGAGGAGAUGAGGAUCCCAAGGCACGGAGUGGAGAAGCACCUUCUGAGAGAGUCCUUCAAAGGCCUCAACUUGAUCCCUGAUGAGGUCCUGUGGAGGCGAAAAGAAGCCUUCAGUGAUGGAAUGACGUCUAUAAAAAAGUCCUGGUAUGCCUACCUGCAGGACCACCUGGAGUCUAUGGUCAAUGACGACCAGAUGGAGCAGGUUCAGAAGACCUUCCUCCACAUCCCCCCUCCCACCAAAGAGGCCUACUACUUUAGGCAGGUGUUUGAGAAGCACUUCCCAGGUCGGGCUGAGUGGCUCUCUCAUUACUGGAUGCCGUGCUGGAUCGGCGCCUCCGACCCAUCAGCCCGGACGCUGUCCAUUUAUAAACCCGACAAAGAGUGAACCAGUGGAGCCUCCUGCACUGCAACACUGACCUCUGCAGGAGAUUAUUAGUCAAACGUGCCAUUUUUAGCUGUACUUUUUUACACUACACAAACAUUUGGUUCUGCUGAGCUGUACUUUCUCUUGCUUUGCAGGUUGUCAGACACUGGUGAAGUUUGUCAGACUUUACUGUUUUCUUCGAAUGGAGGAAUAAAAGGGCUGCUGUGUGUGCGCAGUUUCCAUUUUUCAGCCUUGACGUACACUUUUAGUUGUAGCGCUUUGAACACCUACCAUAGGCUUGUGCAGGUCUUUGACUCUGUGCAUAUCACACCUUCGGUAUAGUCAUCCUUCGUACUGCUGUGUCAAUUUACUUUGCACCUGCAGGGGAUCAAUAAAGGUGCAUGUUAUCUCAACAGUCUCACCUGAACACCAGCUGUGUCCUGAAAGCAGCAUGUUUAUUAGAAGCAUUCACCCACGGUACUGCUGUGCACCCUCUCAUUAGUGUCGUCACUAGUUAAAGUUAGAAAAAACUUCUGUCUGUUCCAGCAUAGACAGACUUUUCCAUCACUAUUACAAGAGAACUGUGUCGUACUCUGUAGUAGUAAUAAAUUAGCAUUGCUUGUUUUAUUCCCUCUGUUGCAUUUAUACUUAAUGCACCAAAACCGACUCACGGAACAUUUUUAUCUGUAACUUUUUAUCUGCAGAUGCAUUUUCCAUGCUUGUUAUUUCAGCUCUUGUGAAUGAACAGGUGUCUUAUGGGUCAUGGUCAUGAACAUUCCGAAGGCACAUGCUCACAUUAUGUGGCUGACAGCUCCUUCCCACGGGCCCAGGUUGGCAUUGUAAGGUCAAGUCUGACAAACUUUACCUGCCUCUGACACAAAAUAAAUACCUUGAAAGUAUGACCAAACCUGUUUUGUUAGUUUAGUGAUGAAUGCUUGUGUAAGACCAACUAUUUGCAGACUAUUUUCUAAAUCAUGUCAUUAGUUACAGAUUUCGUAGCUUCCAGGCAGUCAUCGGUUUCAGUUCAUUAUAUUUUGCUAUCAAGUGAAAAUAGGCCUGCGGAAACUUGGAGCUUGCAUGAAAUGGGUCAUCCAUCAUAGCCCUCAAGCCUCAUCAUGUUCCAGGUACUAUAAGAUAGAUCAUGGUAUUCCUACUCGGGUGUAGGACUGUAAAACCCGCCUCCAGGAGCAACUGAACCAACUAAACCAUUAGCAUCAAAACAUGCUGUACAUGCCUAUAUAUUUCCUUUUCUGUUAUUACGGUUUGUGUUUUAGUUUUUGUUUUAGUGGCACAAAAUGAUCAUGGACCAUGGAUUUAAUCCAAAAAUGUCAGUGUCAUUCAAUUGUCUGUAAACUGCUGCUAUUUCUUCAACACUGUGGUCUUGAUGCAAUAGAAAAUGUAAUGUAGUUGAUUCAGACUAAUACCUAGGAUAGUUUUUUCCAUAAAAUAUGUAAAUGACGGUUUGUAAUCCAAUCUUGAAUCAAUUCUUUAGAGGUGUUAACACCAGAAAUGCUACAGCUAAAGUUUGUUGACCACUAUUAUGCAGUCUGUGUGCGAAGUACAUUACAGUUGCUCAUGGUUAGAGCUGAGUCAUUUCUGAAAACUGUCAAUAAAAGUAAUAACAGACAAAUGCAAUUCCUAGAUCUGUUUACUGGUAGAUUGGUCUUUGGUUAGUUCUAGCUAUGCAAACAUUUGUGUGUUGCACAAGGUCUGAGCUGUAAUAUCUGACAAUAUAGUGUAAGCUAUUUGAUUAUGGUAUUUCAGUUGUUUAAUUCUGUAAUCAAUUCCAUUAUCUGUCUGAGACUUGCUUUCUUGUCAUUGCUUCUUUUUCAUACUAAUUGUUGCUAAAAAUAAAUAAAUAAAUAAAUGCAUUCUUGGCACUAAAAA